GAUCAGAUUGUAACGAUGUUUCCAUUCAUACAGCAAUCCCCUUUUGUUUUUUCAAUUUCAGUCUUAUUGAUUUGGAUAUUGUUUAAACAGAUUGUUUCUAUGUCUAGAAACAAAGAAAACUUACCACCAUCUCCGUGGAAGCUCCCAUUCAUUGGAAAUCUCCACCAGCUAGGAGCAAUCCUCCAUCACUCUCUCUUGGACUUGGCCAAGAAACAUGGUCCACUUAUGCUGAUUCAUCUUGGUAGCGUGCCGAUGCUUGUAGCCUCGUCUGCAGAAGUAGCUGAAAAAAUCUUGAAAACCCAUGAUUUAGUCUUUUGCAGUAGACCGCAAUUAAAAAUCCCUAAUGCAUUUACCUACGGUUCCAAGGAUAUAGCAUUUUCUCCAUACGGAGAAUACUGGAGACAGUUCAGAAGCAUUGCAGUGCUCCACCUUUUGAGUAAUAAACGAGUUUUGUCGUUUCAAAAAGUCAGAGAAGAAGAGAUGGCUUUGAUGAUAAAAGAGAUUGGAGAAAGUUGUGGUUCCGUAUUUAAUUUAAGUGAGCUGGUAGUUUCGUCUACAAAUAAUGUAAUUUGUAGGGUGGCCUUGGGUAAAACAUAUCGUGACUCAAAGUUUAAGAACUUGUUGUCACGAAUGAUGCAUCUCUUUGGAGUUCAUAGCAUUGGGAGUUAUAUUCCGUUGUUGUCAUGGGUGGAUCAUUUAAGUGGUUUAAAUCACAAAAUAAAGGAAGUUUCUAAAGAGUUAGAUGAGUUUUUGGAGAGUGUUAUUGAAGAACAUAUAACUCAGAGAAGAGAGACAAAUGGUUCUGUUAGGAGUGAUGAAGGUCAAGAUUUAGUAGACAUCUUGCUUGAUGUCCAGAAAGAACAUGCAGGUGGCUUCAUCAUUGACAAUGAUUCUAUCAAAGCUGUCAUCUUGGACAUGUUUGUUGCGGGAACUGAUACAACAUCUACAAAUAUAGAGUGGGCAGUUAGUGAGCUAAUAAGGCAUCCUAGAGUGAUGAAAAAACUACAACAAGAAGUAACAGAAAUAGCAAAUGGAAAAUCCAUGAUUACUGAGAGGGAUUUAGAAAAAAUGAAGUACCUCAAGGCUGUCAUCAAAGAGACGCUCCGGUUGCAUCUUUCGGUCCCGCUACUUAUUCAGCGAGAAACCACUCAAGAUGUCAAACUUAUGGGGUUUGACAUUGCAGCACGUACAAUGGUGGUUGUAAAUGCUUGGGCGAUAGCAAAAGAUCCUGCAGUGUGGGAAGAACCAGAUAAUUUCAAACCUGAGAGGUUCUUGAACAGUCCAAUUGACUAUAAAGGGCUCCAUCAUGAGUUCAUUCCAUUUGGUGCUGGCCGCAGAGGAUGUCCGGGCAUUCAAUUUGCUAUAGUGGUUAAUGAACUUGCUUUAGCAAAUUUAGUAUACAAAUAUGACUUGGCAGUGCCUAAUGGAAAAGGAGGGGAAGAAUUGGACAUGAGUGAGAUGUUUGGGAUUCCCGUGCAUAAGAAGUCCCCUUUGCUACUAGUGGCAACUCCUAGAUUUUAGUCGUUACAUGUAAUUUGGUUAUGCUAUUGGUAAAACAUGUAAUAAUUUGAACCUACGUGAAUGCGGAAAAAUCUUCGUUGGAUGA